AUGUUUGGCGGAAUACAAGUCCCCGAGGCAAACUCGAUCACCCUCCUAGGCGUCCUCUUUGACCAGAAGCUGUCUUUUGGGGAGCACCUCCGGUCUGUUGCAACCCGGGCAAGGCAGCGACUUGGUCUUUUGCGCCGGUCAGCUCAUCUUCUCCCUCUGGCUGGGCGCAUAACAGUGUACAAAGCAUUCGUCCGUCCGCUGCUGGAGUACGCCCCACUUAUCUGGAUUGGAGCGUCAUCCAGCCACCUCAGCCGACUGGACCGAGUCCAGCACAGGGCCCUCGGAAUCAUCGGUCCGGGAGCAAUCCUGCCUAGUCUGGCAAUCAGACGGACAGUAGCUGCCCUAGCUUGUUUAUACAAGCUACAAGUAAUUACGGGCCCACCUCAACUUCUCGCGGUUCUGCCAGCUCGCCGUCAGCAGUCGGCCAACCCGCGAACCCGGAGCGACCAUGCCAGCGCUGCUGGCCACCGGUUUCAACUGGACGCCAGCCUGCCAGCCUCUACCCCGUUAGUCCUGAAGCGAUCAUUUCCCCACUGUGUGCUCCACCAGUGGAAUGCAUUGCCCUGUGAUCUGCUCCUGCAUCCUCCCCAUCGCAGCCGAAUGCAGGCAUUCAAGACGCAGGUAUACCGCUACCUGCGCGCCGAGAACUGGAUGUGGGCUACUGACUCAGUCUAA